ACGCCACCAUCCAUUCUUUCAUCCCCAAAAUCAAAGCCAAGGAAGAAGAUGACUGCUGCAGUCAUGGAACAGCAAACCUUCCAUGUCCGAUCCGUCAGCCUCCAAUCGAGAUCUCGUCAUCCAGUAGCAAUCAAGGUGGAAGAAGAGCUGCAGAGACUAAAGACAGCUGCGACUUCCAUGUCUUCGUCGACGGAGAUCUGCGAUGGACUGAGAGGUCUCGGGGAUCUCUACGCUUGUGUCGGAGAUCUCCUCCACUUGCCGAGCCUUCAGCAGACUGCCUUCUGUUCCAAACAGAGGAAACGGUUGGAAGAGGAACUGGAGGCGUCUCUCCUGCUGCUCGAUCUCGUCGACAACAUGAGGGAGUUGGUGGCGACCGCGAAGGGGCGAGUUCAAGGCCUGCAAUCAGACCUUCGAAGACGAAGUGCCACCUCACCGGUUAUGUUGGGUAGUGUCCGAAAGGAGAUGCAGAAGAACGUGAACAAGUGCCACAAACUGUUGAAGAAGAUGGACGAGAAGUGCAGAUCAUCGGUUUCACUAGAGGCGGACUGUGGAGUGUUGAUCGAGUCAAGAGAUGUCACCGUCUCUGUGCUUCGCUCUGCGCUGGGUCUCUUGGCCAUGGCAUGCCAAAAGCCGAAGUGGACGAGGCGGUUAUGGACUCUGAAAUCCACCCAAACGCAGAGAGCACCUGAGUUGGGGGAAUCCCUUUUCUACUCUUCUUCUCAAUUAGUGCAAGAACAGAUGGAUGCAGCAGAGGCGACCAUGGAAGCCGUGGAGACGGAGCUGCAGAGAUUGCUUCGGAGACUGAUCCAGUGGAGAGUGUGUUUCCUUAACUUCCUCAGCCUUAAUUGAUCUCCGGCGCAGUGUUUUAAUCAGGACUGCUGGUGGUUUUCAUACUAGAUUUUGUACAUCAUCGAAUGCUUGUACAUCUUUGUAAAUGAGAGCUUUCACAUGAAUCAGCGAUAUUAUUAUGCAAUAA